AUGUCAGAUUAUGUUGAAGGAGUUGCAAUAAAGGUUGCGAUCUUAAGUAAAGUAAAAGACUCUGCAAGUGUCUUUUGUCGAUAUCCAACGGGUGGUGGAUCAGACAGACUUCAGAUUACGCCUCAUGAGUUCUAUCGAUUCUUUCACAGCAUUCUGUCCACCAUAUUGACAAGGACAGAACCGAAGGGUGUUCAUAUAAUCCCAAAACCUACCGUAGAGCUUCAUCAGAUGUCAAAGACGGAAACACUGUUUAACAUACAUUGCCCAAAGCUUAAAAAGCCAUGCAAAGUAGUUUUCUCAACGUCGUCUGGACAGACACGACUGAAGCGUAUUCGUCAAGAUUUCGUAGAUUCGUACUACAUUAACAAAGUGAUUUCGUAG